AGGCACAUCUAAACUGGUGAUAGGGUCUAACCUUGGUUGCUCCGAAGUUGAAAUUCUACACUAACCUGGAUGUCUGUUUUCAUUCCUCCGACUCCGAGUUCAACCUUCGGGAUCAUUGUUCAAUCUGCCGCCUCUUUGUCCGUUAUAUAUUGAUUCGUCUUUCUUAUUAAGGGCUUUUGUUUAGCAGACUCUGAUCUUAUGGAACCUGACAGGUUAAAUACCCCAACCACGUUUGAGAUGCCAUUGGAGGUUUUGGGCCACGAUUUGCAGUUUUCUCAGGAUCCGAAUUCCAAGCACUUAGGGACUACAGUAUGGGAUGCAUCACUUGUGUUUGUCAAGUUUCUUGAACGGAAUUGUAGAAAGGGAAGGUUUUCCCCAUCUAAACUUAAAGGAAAACGUGUAAUUGAAUUAGGAGCUGGAUGCGGUGUUUCUGGAUUUGGCAUGGCUUUGCUGGGGUGUGAUGUUAUAGUGUCAGACCAAAAGGAGGUUUUGCCAUUGUUACAGAGAAACAUGGAACGUAAUAUUUCAAGGGUCAUUCAAAAGAAUCCUGAGUCAUUUGGUUCAAUCAAGGUUUCAGAGCUUCAGUGGGGAGACGAGAGUCAUAUUAAGGCUGUUGGUCCUCCAUUUGACUACAUUAUUGGCACUGACGUUGUUUAUGUGGAGCAUCUAUUGGAGCCUCUAUUGCAGACAAUACUUGCUUUAUCUGGACCUAGGACAACUAUUUUGUUGGGCUAUGAGAUCCGGUCAACAUGUGUCCAUGAGAAGAUGCUUCAGAUGUGGAAAAAAAACUUUGACGUGAAGACUGUCUCAAAAUCCAAGAUGGAUGAAACAUUUCAACAUCCAAGUAUUCAACUCUUCAUUAUGGGAUUUAAACAUUCAUCAGAUUGCACAGAUAACUCAGGUCAGGCAACUUCUGAAAAUGCUGAUGUUGAAACUGGUGUGGAGGAUAAAAGAAGUGAGGAAAAUGUUGUAGUUGAAGGAUCUGGUCUUGGAGAAGAAAAUGUUGAGGACCAUUGUAAGCCAAUCCCGCAAAAUGCAAAACUUAGUGAGUGGGAAGCCAGAAGGUAUGGCUCAGUUGCUGCAAGGAUUCUAAGAGAUGUAAAAAUAUCCUGAUUUUGAGAGUUCUGGUGGUGUUCUCCUUUACAUGACCCACUUUUCCUUGUGACUUGCUGCAUAUUCCAACCUUUUCGUUCGUUAAAAGUGGGGCUAUGAUGAAUCUGUAACCUUAUUAAGUUUGGAAGAACUAGAAAGUUUUUGCAUAAUGCUUGGUUGCUGCACCAUGUAAUAUAGUAAUUAUUAUCCUGCAUGAUAGGAGAAUGUAUUACAUGCAAAGAGGUGGUUUUGAGAAAUUUUAUUAAGAGUUAUGCCUUUUAGAACUAUACAUUAACCAUAUGAUUUUGCAUUGGAUGACAUCUUUGGUAUACUCA